AGUACAUGUCUUCACGCUCGCAUACAAAAUUCUGGCACGGAGUGAUCCAUGUUGUCUUAAAUGUAGUUAGGUUAAUCCCGAGCACACAAGAAAGAAAAACGUCUUAAGCGAAGCGCAGACAUGCCCCUCUCUGAGCGUGAUCCCAGCUCGAAGGUCUCGGACCCCCAACACUCCCAGAAGCUGCUCAGGGUCCUUCGCGUCUUCUGGCAGGAGCAAAGUUUCCACGAUGCGCUGCUGGUGGUCGACGGAGAGGAGCUCCCCGUCCAGAAAAACAUCCUGGCUGCCGCUAGCCCCUACAUCAGGACCAAGCUGAACUACAAUCCUCCAAAGCAAGAUGGGUCCACAUACAGGAUUGAGCUGCAGGGGAUCUCCAUGGCCAUCAUGAAGCAGAUCCUGGACUACAUCUUCAGCGGUGAAAUCACUUUGAGUGAAGAGACCAUCCAGGACAUGGUGCAGGCAUCUGACCUGCUCCUCAUGACAGACCUCAAGUCCCUGUGCUGCCAGUUCUUAGAGAGCUGCAUCACCGCGGAGAACUGCAUCGGCAUCCGGCUCUUCUCUCUGCACUACUGCCUUUACCACGUCCACUUCGCCGCCACUGAGUUCCUGCAGACGCAUUUUGCCGAUGUGGCGCUCUCUGAGGAAUUCAGGGAGCUGCCCCCAGAUCGGCUCUGCGAGGUGCUGGCCAUGGAGAAGCUGAACGUGGGCAACGAAAAGCACGUGCUGGGGGCUGUGGUGCGAUGGUUCGCACAUGACCCAGAGGAUCGCAGGGUCCACAUGAAGGAAGUGAUGUCUGCUGUGUGGCUGCACGGCCUGGACGUCAGCUACCUGAGAGAGCAGGCCAUGGGGGAGCCGCUGAUGAGGGAGGUGAUCAGAGAGCACUGUCAGGCAGUGCUGGGGCAGGGUCAGCUGCAUGGCGAGGAUAUGCUCGCUGCCUUCAAACCCAGAGGUUACUCCGAGUGUAUAGUUGUCGCCGGAGGAGAGGAUCGCAAAAGCAGGAAGGCGACUGCUGUGACGCGCUGCAUGUGUCCACUCUACGACACCAACAGGCAGGGCUGGAUCGAGCUGCAGCCAAUGAGCGUAGCCCGCCUCGGCCACGGGGUGGUCGCUGCUGAGGGUUUCCUGUUUGUGUUGGGCGGAACAGACGAACACAACACAGUCCUGGACAGUGGAGAGAAAUAUGACCCAGACUCCAACACCUGGAGCCCCAUACCGCCAAUGCUGCAGGUUCGCCAGAACUUCGGUGUGGUGGAGCUGGACGGUCUGAUCUACGUCCUCGGGGGAGAGAACAAAGAAACGGAGCUGGUCACUGUUGAGGUGUUUGACCCUCACUUCAGUACCUGGAAAAUGCAGACCAGUAUGACCAUGAUCCGCAAGGUCGGCUGCUAUGCCUCCAUGAAUAAGAAGAUCUAUGCCAUGGGUGGCGGCUCCUACGGGAAGCUGUUCGACUCUGUCGAAUGCUUUGACCCCAAAACCCAACAGUGGACGGGCCUCUGUCCUCUGAAAGAGAGAAGGUUUGGUUCGGUGGCGUGCGGCGUUGGCGAGGAGCUCUACGUGUUCGGCGGAGUUAGAAGCCAAGAGCACGACAACCCCGAGCAACGACACAUGAUGACCUGCAAGUCUGAGUUCUACCAUGAUGAGAUGAGGAGGUGGAUGUUCCUGGAUGACCAGAACCUGUGUAUCCAGACCAGCUCGUCCUUCGUUUACGGUGCUGUGCCCAUUGGAGCCAGCAUCUAUGUGGUGGGAGACCUGGACACAGGUACAAGCUUCGACUACAUCCGGGAGUUUCGCCGCAGCACCGGGACGUGGCAUCGCACCAAGCCCAUGUUAGCCAGCGACCUCUCCAAAACAGCCUGCGCCGCCCUGCGCAUCGCCAACUGUCGACUGUUCCGCCUUCAGCUGAGCCAGGGCAUGUUCCGAAUCAGAGUCUGACUCCACGUGUGCACGCUGGCGCUUUCUACCUGCUGCAGGUCUGGGUGUAGGGAUUUUAUGAGCACUAAAAUAAUAUAGUCGCUAGAUGUUGAGAAUUGUGAUUCUCCGUUCACGGGUCUGUACUCGGGGACCCUUCUCCUGUAUGACUUGACGAGACAAAAGCUCAUCUAAAACACAUUUUUAACAUAGGUUUUAUGGAUUUUUUUUAUAAUUCUAAAUAUUUUUUUCUUUUUAACAUGGGAUUUGAUCGGGUUGUGCUUUUUGUUUUAAUGGACAUUCCUCAUUUCUGAUGUUUACUGGAGAUCUGUGGGUUGGUGAGGGAUUUAAACUGACAAAUAACUACCACACUGUCGCAAGAGGGAGACGAUACUGAGUUUAAAAGUCUGCAACAGCUGCAGUGGGGAUCAAGGGAAGAAAAUCUUUCAGUUAUCUAAAUCGUCAGUGGGAAGUGAUACUUUGCCGUCAGCCCCUUAGACGCAUGAUGACGUAUUGCAGCAGUCGCAGACACCUUCCCACCUUUCUCUGCUGUUACUGGCCUCCAUAUAGAUUACAAUGCCAUGCAACCACAACACAAGGCUUUCUGAGUAAUGUCCUCUACAUGCUGUACAGUAACAAUAAUCUUAUGGAUUCACUGCAUGUCACGGUAAAACCUGCCUGUCGCACCUGUGUCAGACGAUACAGUAUCAGUGCUGGGACCUGUCAGACUGCGAUGAAUGCCUGAAGAAUCGUGAUGCUACGAUGUAAAUAGCAUAUAUACUAUCUGUGCCACUGUCUAGUUCUGAAAUGCAGCAAAGCAAAACAACCAAGCUGUGGGCAUAGUGCGGGUACUGUCUUUGUUUUUUAUUUGUAGCUUUAUUCAAAAAGUGGCACUGACAAAAUCACGUCAGCCAGUGUGUUCUGUGUUACGUCAUUUUGAGUUCUGGUAGGUGUGUAGACGUGUGUUGUAGCAGCAGUCACAUUGUACGUAUUUGGUCCCAGAUUUUUAAAACUCUGUAGUUUUGAUGCAGAUUUUUCAGACAGUCCUACCAAGACAAACGUGGCAAAAUAGCAUUCAGCUGCAUCCAAAUGACAGAGCCCCCCAGUCGCUGUAGAAAUCAUGUCUGUUGUCCAUCAGAUGCAAGGGGGGAAGUCAUGUGGGGUUUUUAUAGAGCCAUAAAGUCUGCAGAGGGAGGAGGACGUCUGACUUCAACAUGGGCGACUGUGGGAGACCAUUUUCUAGUGACAGUCAACGUUUCUUUUAACCAUUUCCCAACAUUAACCAAGGAAUUAUUGUUUUAACCAUUACGAUGAAUAAUGAAGCAGUAUUUUUAACCUCAACUUUGAUCUUUUCCUUGUUUGCACAAGUUGUUUUCGUGCCUAAACUUUAACUAUCAGAUCAGGAAACGGUUCUGAAGGCACAGACAAAUGACGUCGUCCUGCUGGUAAGGGCAUCGAAUCAGAUACGCUUAUGUGUUGUUCUGAAUGGCGGUCACAAACGACAUAUAUAGUUAUUUAAUUUAGAGAACUUGUUGGCUGUCUUUGGUUGCCAAAGCUCUAAAUUAGCCAUCGGUAGGCAAUGUUUCACCACAUUUUUGUCACCAUUGUCACUUUUUUUCUGGACAUCUCAAAAUCACACAGUGCGUAAGGACCUUUAGUGCCGUAAUCGUCGCUGGACACCUCUUGUUCUUUCGGCCUACAGAUGCUGUGCAGCGAAUGAAUCACGGACCGUGUAGAAAUCACUAACUGACGUAGUAGAUGAUCAAAGAAAUCACAAACUACUCCCAGAAUGCAUUGCAUUAACUGUACGUUUGCACCUUAGAGCACAAGCGCUUUACUUAGUCAGUUUGCAUCUCUGAGCGAGCCGUGUGGGCCCAGCCUGCUCAGAAACAGAUGUCGCUGCGAGUGACACUCGAGAGUUGCUGGACGUGUUACUGCCUUCGCGACCUCUGACCUGGCUUUCCACUCAGCACAGUUUUGGCAUCCCUUUGACCCCAUUUGUUCUGUGUGAGUUACGGCUGCUGCUGCUGCUGCUGCUGCUGCUGCUGUCUGUCCACAGCCCAGGGGCAGCACAUACAAAGCAGACACACACACUCAGUGGAGCUCAUGUGGUGUUGAUACAAUCACACCUCUCAUAACAUCCAGAAGGCAACACACCUCAUGCACAUCAGAGACGCUUGAGGCCUGGGUGAGGCCUCUCAAACUAUGAUGAGUGCAAAGCAGUCUUAGAAUUAAGUAAUCGUGUGAUAAUCCUGUGACAAUUAUGUGCGCAUGAGUGGAAAAGUGAGAAAGCUGUUGCGUUAUAAUCAGCUGUAAUCAGUGUAGCCUAUCACCUCUGUCAUAAUCGCGUAGGCGAAACAGUUUUUUUAAAUAUGUAAACACAUAAUUUACGAUCGAAAUCGAAAAAAAACCCGCCACCAAAAUUCAAAGCACAUGAUUCUCUAACUCACACUGAGAGAGGCGGCGUCCUGUUGCACCAGCUGAAGCUCAGUUUGAUCCUCGUCCUCAGCAUUACUUGAACACACACCGAACUACGUAGUUUAUAGUAAACUUGCCGCUUUAUUUACUUGGCCACCAUUUCUACUUAGCCUACGACUUCACUGAGUCACCCGUGAUCAGAAUGUUGUUGUGGAGCGUGACGUUGAAAUGAAAGGAUCAGUCUUGCUGCUGCAUCACACCCCAGUUGAAACAUACAUGUCAGAUAAACAAACCCUUCUCGUACAGAAUAUUGACACCAAUAAGACACGCCAGCUGAAAAAGGAUUUCCUGGAGCUCUUCAAAGCAGCACGACCGGUCUGUUGUAUCCUGAAUGACAGCAUUGUGCCUCAUAUUUUUGCGUAGACACGUAACAUUCCGUAGUGUCUCAUCAUUUACAGUAUAUACAUGACGUUUCUGAGCUGCUCUCUAUCCACAACACUUGUUCUCACUUGUUAACACCUCAUGACUGUGUUGUGAUACACUGGAACACCCUGUAAGUGGAAAUAAUAGCCGUCUAAACUGAAAAUAGUCUAGCUCUAACCAAAGUCGUGUUGUGAAAGAUGGGGAGUGAAACUGCUGUUUCAGUUUGUACUUUUGUAACUGAUGCAUGCGGAAGUUUUGUAAGAUGUUGCCUAUGAGUGUCAUUCAUUUACGUCAAAGGAAUUAAAACACCAAAGUGGUCAAUGGUAA